CGCGAGGUCUGGGCCAGUGGACAGACCAGCACCCGAAAUCCAUCGAGCAUGUCUCUCAAGCGGAAGCAGGAUGACCGGGACGACAUCGAUGUCAAUUCUCCCGACGCGGACAUCUCGCGAUCCGCCGCCAUCUACGACCGCGAGUCCAAAUUCUACGCUCUCUACUCGCCCUCCUUGAAGCCAAAACAGCUCCAAUCGAUCGAUGAGAUUCAGUCGGCGCAGCAUAAAGUCGUCGGCUGGCGGCGGGAAAGCAAUCAGCAGUCCAUCACGAAGGAAACACAAUACAUCUGCGGAUCGGACGACGAUGGGGAGAAGUACGCGGGCAAGAAGAUUGAGAAGGUUCUGGAGUCGAUGAAAGUGAGCGGCACAUGUGUGGUUGCGAGGUGGUUUGGUGGAGUCAUGUUGGGGCCUGUGAGGUUCGAGCAUAUUGACAAUUGUGCAAGGGAGGCAGUGAGGAGGUAUCAGGAGGUUGAAGCGGAGAGGAGAGCUAAGAAAAGGAAGAUCGAAGAGGAAGAAGCGGAGCAUGAGAGACUUGCGAAGAGUCUGGUAGAGCGGGACCAAAGUAUUGUGGUGCUGAGAGAAUUGGCUGCAAAGAAGGAGAAGGUGGUCAAGCAGGCGCGAGAAGGUGUGGAUAGUGUUGUUGUAAGUCCGCCGUCUACUGCGGACGCGCCGGUGUCGAAUUCACAGCCUGCGAUGGACUAUGCCGCAAUGCCUCUUGCUCGGCUGAAGGCUUUGGACAAGGCACGAGACGCCACUUUGUCGUUCUUGCUAAAACGCAUAGACAAGGCUGAGGCAGAUCUGACAUCGCUCGAAGAUGGCGAGAAGCCGCCAUGA